AGAGAGAGAAAGAGGGAGAGAGAGAGGCAGAGGGAGAGCUGAGGAAAGAAAAAAAGGCAAGACUUGGCACAGCUCAGUCAAAUCAGCUUCUUUUGUCUGCUUUCUCGGCUUGAGCUUCAGGAAAGAAAAUCGUCCUGGGGUACAGGAAAACUCAGAACUUUUUGGUUUUCAAACUUAGAAGGUUUUUUAAGUCUCUUGGGCUAUUUGAAAGUGUUGGUACAUUCAAUGACGUUUGGUCACCAGUAUUUAGGGAAAUAAAAGCCUUUUUCAAAAUGAAGCUUCCACAGUGUCCAUGCAUUUGGGAAAUACUGUACUUGAUUUUUUGCAUGUAUGACUAUACCAUGAGAGACAGGAUUAAUAUAGAAGAUGGCAAGGCAAAUUUCUAAUUAGAGAGAAUAUUAAUUUUCUACAAAAUAAAGUUUGUUCAUCAAUACAAACCUGCUUUCAAAUCAAAUCAGACAUCCUUCGGAAUGUGUUCAGAACCAAUGAGUGACAACACUGAAGACCAGAAAGGCAAGCUGAAGACACCCGACUUCGCUUGAAGGGCAAACAAGAAAUCCAAACAUCAUGUCAAUGGCAACAGAACAGUUGAACCUUUCCCAGAGGGAACACAGAUGGCUGUAUUUGGAAUGGGCUGUUUCUGGGGAGCGGAGAGGAAAUUUUGGACCCUGAAAGGAGUGUAUUCAACUCAAGUUGGCUAUGCAGGAGGCUACACUUCCAAUCCGACUUACCAAGAAGUCUGCUCAGGAAAAACUGGGCAUGCCGAAGUAGUCCGAGUGGUGUACCAGCCAGAGCACAUCAGCUUUGAGGAGCUGCUCAAGGUCUUCUGGGAGAAUCAUGACCCGACCCAAGGCAUGCGCCAAGGCAAUGACCACGGCUCUCAGUACCGCUCAGCCAUUUAUCCGACCUUCGCCUCACACAUGGAGGUGGCCCUGCGAUCCAAAGAAGACUACCAGAAGGUCCUGUCAGAGAAUGGCUACGGCCCGAUCACGACCGACAUCCGGGAGGGACAGACAUUCUACUACGCCGAGGAUUACCACCAGCAGUACCUGAGCAAGAACCCUGACGGCUACUGCGGCCUGGGGGGCACCGGGGUGUCCUGUCCGCUGGGCAUUAAAAAGUAACAUCUCCCCAUGUGGCUGGCCCUCGAAGUCACAGCUGAACGCUUCAGACAAAUUGGGCAGUUCCGUGCUUCAUGUCACUGGCUUUUAGAAACGCAGGAAGCAAAGAGGGCUUGGUAAACACCUGGUUUGUUGAGGUGUGAUUUACAUGAAGCGCCAUGCCAAGCUGAUAACACGUAAUUUAUCUCCUAAUCAGCUGUGGUGGGAGUAGAGCUGUGAAAUUCUUUGGAUCAUUUGGGUCUGAAUGAGGAUAAUGAAUACUCUGUGUUCACUUUUCUCCUGCUGGGGUGCCUGCCAUGGAAGCCAGGGAAGGAGGGGAAGAUGUUGGGCCGGAUGGGGCAUGCUGGAAAUCCUCCAUCUGAGCCUAGGCCCCUCACACAUCCUGUGCCCUCCAGUGCCUUAAAAUUCGCAAACAUUUAUAGCCUCAACGAAUCAUUCCCUGAAAUACUUUGCUCUCUGGCCUUGUACAUGUGUAAGGCGCGCUCUCUCUCCUCGGCCCUCCUGUGGCAGAGAACAUGGGCGUGAGCUUGACGAAUCCUAAUGCGCUGCUUACAGCUAUGAGAAUUGCUUGUUCUAAUAAAGGCUACAAUCUAAUAAUACAAA